GCUUAUUUUAACGUCUUAUAUUUAUCGUGACGCAGAUACGUCACUGGGUGUUUUUUAAAAAAUUCAAAAAAAUAUAUAUUUGAUAAAAAUAUUGUGUUAUUUAUUGUGAUAAAUAAAAUGAUUUUUAAAAUUACACUGGGGCUCGCAAAAUCGAAAUUUUUUUUUAUUUAGAAUUAAGAGAUAAGAUAACGAAUAUAUAACCGUCCUUCUAUCUGUAUUUUCAUACUUGUGUCUUACACAUACAUGUUUAAAUAUUAAUAUAUGUAUACAUAUAUUUGUAUGUGAUAGAUAUAUGUAUGGGGGGCACAUAAUUUAUUAAAACUCAAGGCUGUUAAGACUUUUUAUAUUUUUUUAAAUUAAUUUAUAAGUGUUGACUUGCUUUAGAUUUUUAUAACCACAAAUAUCUGUUAUAUAUUUGUAUUUAUAUAUAUAAUAUAUUUUUUUAUAUUGUUGUUAUAGAUAAUAGUCAUAAAAAAUGUUUGAAAAAAUAACCUUACAACCUUUAGCAACAUUGUUUAAACAAACAAUGAAACAUGCUCAUAAAAAACCUUCUUUGUUACCAAAUAAUUAUGGAUCUAAGAUAAUUAAAAAAAAAUACAGCACAUCGAUUAUUAAUGAUGAUGUUUUAUUUAAAGAGAUUGAUGAUAAGGGAGUCGUGAUAUUAAAUCGUCCAAAGCAAUUGAAUGCGUUGAAUUUAUCGAUGGUAAAUAAAAUAUAUCCAAAAUUAAAAAAGUGGGAGGAUAGGAAGAAUCUUGUUAUCAUCAAGGGCGCUGGAGACCGAGCAUUCUGUGCUGGAGGAGAUGUUAAAUAUUUGACAGUCGCAUUGAAUGAACCCAAUGGUCACAAAGCUGGCCAUGAUUUUUUUCGAGCUGAGUAUGCAUUGGACCAUUUAAUUGGUACAUAUGAGAAGCCAUUUGUCGCCAUAAUAAACGGUAUAACGAUGGGCGGUGGUGUUGGACUAUCAGUUCAUGGUAAAUAUCGAGUCGCCACUGAAUCAACUUUAUUUGCGAUGCCAGAAACCGCGAUUGGACUAUUCCCCGAUGUCGGCGGUACUUAUUUCCUACCUCGAUUAAAAGGCAAACUUGGUUUAUACCUCGGACUCACUGGACAACGUCUCAAAGGCGAAGAUGUAAAACAUGCUGGAAUAGCAACUCACUACGUGCCAUCAUCAAAACUCGAAGACCUGACACAGGUAUUACUCGAGUCAGAUGACCAAGAUGUCGACGAAAUACUCGAAAGUUUUGAGUCGACAGUAGAAACCGAAUUUAGUCUUGACAAAUUUUUGCCACGGAUAGAUAAAUGUUUUUCUGCGGAUACGAUUGAAGGAAUUAUUGACAAUUUAAAAGAAGACAAUACGGAGUGGUCAAAAAUAGUACUUGAAAAUUUACAAAAAAUGUCACCGUCGUCAUUAAAAAUCACGAAGGAAGCGCUGGACCGCGGAAAGAAUUUAACUUUCGACGAGUGCCUAAAAAUGGAGUAUCGACUUGCCUGGCGAGCAUGUGAUCGUUCAAGCGAUUUUUAUGAAGGCGUACGUGCGCUAUUAGUCGACAAAGAUCUCAAUCCCAAGUGGAACCCGCCGACUCUUCAGGAAGUUACUGAUAAAUACGUUAAGAGUAAAUUUGAACCUUUAGCUCCUGAACAUGAGUUACAACUCCGUUAAAUAUUUUAAUCAUUAUAGUUAUUAAUAUUUUUAAUUUAAUGUAAUUAUAUAUGAAUGUACUGAACUUUUUUUUUUUUAUUAGAAAUAAA